AUUUUUACAGCCCAACAAAUUAAUCAGAAGAACAUAAACCCAUAUCUCUCCUUUGAGUCCUUUCCCUCUUCUCAGGUACUUCGCUGUUCGCAUUUCCACGGUGAAACUCUGUAGUUGCCGGGAAGCUAAUCCCAAAAGAAAUUUCGCAGCAUCAAUUGAAUAGAGUCCAACGGCUCUGAUGCCUCCCGUCGCUCCAAGAUCCGGCGACGCCAUUUUCGCCAGCGUAGAACGAGUGAAUGCGGAGCUUUUCACUUUAACCUAUGGCGCCAUCGUUCGUCAAUUGCUCACGGAUCUUGAGGAGGUUGAGGAAGUCAACAAACAGCUUGAUCAGAUGGGAUAUAAUAUCGGUAUUCGGCUGAUUGAUGAGUUCCUUGCAAAAUCCAAUGUGUCUGGAUGCGUCAAUUUCAAGGAAACUGCUGAUGUCAUUGCCAAGGUUGCUUUCAAAAUGUUUCUCGGGGUUACUGCUACUGUCACUAAUUGGGACUCGGAAGGUACCACAUGCAGUCUGGUCUUGGAGGACAAUCCUAUGGUAGAUUUUGUUGAACUUCCGGACACCUGUCAAGGCUUGUUUUACUGCAACAUCUUGAGUGGAGUCAUCAGAGGAGCUUUGGAGAUGGUAUCUAUGAAGACUGAAGUCACAUGGAUCCGAGAUAUGCUACGAGGGGAUGAUGCAUUUGAAAUGCAGGUGAAACUCCUGAAGCAAGUUCCCGAGGAAUAUCCAUACAAAGAUGAUGAGUAACAUGCUUCUGGUUUCCGCAGCUGAAUUCUUAGCGUGGCGAUUAAUUAACAUUAUCUGAUGAUUAAUCGUUGUUGAUAUAGUUUAGAGAGAUUACUGUAAUUGACAAGUACUAUUCCCUCUGUUCCAAAAUUAUUGUCCAGUUUGAGAUUUCACUUUUAGUACAAUUUGAACUAGAAACGAAAAUCAAACUGGACAAUAAUUAUGGGACGGAGGGAGUACUAAUUUAGAGAGUUGCUUGAUAUGUUCUCGAAGAUAUGAUAAAAAGUUAAAUAGUAUUAUAGUAUGCAUGAAUGUUUACUUUUCUAUGUUAAGCAAUCGAUUGACAAGAAUGGAGAUUUUUUUUUCCCUCUUUA